AUGGUACUGGGCGCUUUAGUCUGCUUCUACACAGCUUUCUCGGGAUCAACAUUGGCGACAGUUGGCGCGCGCGGCAUCGGCAAAGGCGAGCGCCCAAUUUUUGACGUGUCCAGCUUGAAGGACACGGUGUGCCGGUCUCAGUUCUGCGAGUGGAACAAGGACUAUAUUCUUGAUGUCGUGGACGAGACGAAGGAUCCGUGCGACGACUUUUACGCUCACGUAUGCAAUCCCCAGCGCUGGCUUGACGCGGGCAACAGAAGCACAUCGAGACCCUUUUCGGAAUUCAGCGCGGCGCAGCUCAUGGACGACAUGGAAAGAUUCUUUCGCUACUUCGUUGAACUUAGAGGCCAGCCGAUUGGAGACAACUUCCUGGUACGCAUGAUGUGGGUCUACGAUGCCUGCAAGAGAGACUCUGGGGCAAAUGGUAACGCCUCUGCCGAACUCGCCGACAUACUUAGCGCUCUGGGUUUGUCUGGAGCGACGGGGUUCGAGAGUGCGAUCGCGGGAACUAUUGCGCGAGUGACAGCAAUUGGAGACAGGCACUUGAGGCUCCAUCCGUUGUUCAAGGUUCACGUAAGGCACGGAGGCGCGCUAAACUCAACAGCGGGCUACGACGUUAUUCUUUCGGCGCCUCAUACGCACUACCGACGCUUUCUAACAAACUUUCACGGAUCAACCGAUUCGCAGUACGUCGAUUUGGUCACCAGAGCGCUGAUCUUGUACUCCGCAACGACGAGUAGUGCCAUGGCGAGAAAAGUAAUGCUGCUGGAGAAGCGACUGGAAAGAAUGAUGUUGACCUCGGAAGAGCAGCUGAUGAGGACUCCUCAGGAAAAGUAUUCGUCGCUUAAUGAUUUGUUUCUCUCCGACAGAUGGGACUGGUCACUCUAUUUUAACACUCUGUUCAAUACCUCUGGCGGAGGCAUCGGCAACAAAACUGAAGUCUUCGUUAACGAUCCCACAUUUUUCUGGGGCCUCGGCGCUGUCUUGACCGUCGCAUGGGAGCCGAUCAUCGUAAACUACAUGAUAUUUAAAGCCAUCGUAGAGCUCUCCCCCGUGUUGGGGCAAGAAACAGAAUACUUUAUUAGGCUUACGCACGACUACGAAGCACAAAACACCGCCGAGCGACAGGCAGCUUGUUUCGGCCUCCUUGAGAAACUAUUCAAGUACGGCACCGGCAUCGUCGCGAAGUUAACGCUCGGGAAAGAAUUCGCUACCACGCCACGGUUACACAUGAACCGCCAGCUCUCGUCUCUAUUCGGUGUGUCCCGCAGGCUGAUCGCGGACUUGGUGAACUCGGGACGCUCGUGGAUUAGUGCUGAGGACAAGGCCACGGCCUUGGGAAAGCUGCAUGCCAUGAACUUUGAGUUUGGCGCUCAAUGCAACCUCGUUGAGUACGAGUUAUACAGACGAGAGUUAGAAGCUAAAUAUGAUGUGCACGUACCACAAUCGGUAGCUCAAAGCGCGGAAACCGGAGGCACGCUACCUCACUGGAACCAUUAUUCGCUACCGCGCGUCGUGUUCAACCUUUACUCCCUGGCGGCGAAUAGAUAUUGGGAUGCCUGGGGCAACAACACGUCGCAUGCCUAUGACAACCGAUACACACUCACAGUUUUCCGACCGGGCUACGAGCUUCAGCGCCCCAGCAAUGUGCUUGUCCUCUCGCACGCUACUGCGGCGUUUCUCACCCAUCUCAGCAACAUCAUCGAGCCUGUCGUGUAUGGUGUGGUGGCUGUGCACCUGGCGAGGGGCUUGCUAGAAGCGCUUACCUUGAGUGGAUCUUCUCUGGACGCUCACUUCCUGUCUCGCCCUUGGUGGAGCAUCGCGACCUUUAAUGCGUACGAAAAGGUCAGUACCUGUCUAAGGUCUGAGUACCAGCCGUUCCUGGCCGAUGGAAUUCGCAUGCGUACGUUAGAAAUGGACUUUAUAGACAACGCUAUUCUCUACCCUCUGUUUCGUCUUUAUAGAAACGAAGUGACCAUCCGCGGAGACGUGAACUUGACUGAUGGUUUUGAAAAGCGUGAAUCGGAAGAACUAGCUGAAAUGGACCAGAUGUUUUUCUAUAAUUUUGCCAUUGCUCUAUGCGAUCUGAGGGACGAAGAGUUGUGGCAACAGCAAAAGCUCUUUCACAGAACUCCAGCUCCAUGGCGCGUAAACCUUCCACUUCGGAACUUUCCCAAGUUCGCUGAAGCUUUCAAAUGCAAGCCCAGUUCCCGAAUGAACCCGGAACGGCGCUGCACUGUCUGGAAAGAGAAACUAGAAUUGCAGGAAAAAUGA